AUGGAGGCAGUUCAGGAGCGGUACAUGCUGGCUCUCGGACAGUCAGAAAUGGCUUCAGCAGAUCCAGGUACGGUCCACACAGGAGAGAAACCAUACAAGUGUGGGGAGUGUGGGAAGCACUUCAGUCAGGCCUCAAGUCUUCAGCUUCAUCAGAGCAUCCACACUGGAGAGAAGCCGUACCGAUGUGAUGUGUGUGGUAAAGUCUUUAGUCGGUCUUCAGAGCUUCAGUAUCACAGGCGAGUUCAUACAGGGGAGAAACCUUACCAGUGUGAGACGUGUGGUGAAAGCUUCAGUUGGCGCUCCAAUCUUAUAAGUCAUCACAAAAUGCAUACUGGGGAUACAUUUUAUGAAAGCAGCGACUGUGGUAAGAACAUCAAGGAACUGUCAGAGGAAAGAAGUUCUACAAAAUGA